UUCGGGUGCGGGGGGAUUCGGCAAAUAUUAAUAUACUAAAAAUAUAUUUUAUACAUGUAUUUGAAGAGUUAUAUUCAUAUUUAAACCAAAUAAUUGAAUAAAUAAGUUCAAUAUCCUUAACAAUAUACAAUAUAAUUAUUUAAUAAUACAAUCAUCACAUUAUAAUGUAGUUAAGUGAUAGAUUAUUCAACUAAUCACAGAAUUAAUCAUAUAAAAAGAAUCCCCAAGAAUCUCCGAGUAUCGAAGAAUCCCCAAGAAUCGAGUGCGCGGUGCGGCGGGUGAGUGAAGUAUCUCUGCUUUCUAGAGCUCCAGAAACUCCAAGAAGCUAAGCAAAAAACCCACUUACCCUUGUCUGUUAGACAGUUAUGUCGUCGUUUUUCAAUUCAUGAUAUAAAAUCAGCAACAAACAACUUCAAGGAAGAAUGGGUGAUCGGAAAAGGCGGGUUUGGAAUUGUUUAUAAAGGAAUGAUUGAUUUUAAAGAGAAGAUGGUUGCUGUAAAGCGGGCAAAAUCCAUGUCCAAGCAAGGAAGCAAGGAGUUUCUCACAGAAAUUAAGAUGCUUUCCCAGUUUCAACACAGUCACUUGGUCUCUCUCGUUGGUUAUUGCGAUGACUGUGAGGAGAUGAUUCUAGUUUAUGAUUAUCUGCCCUCUGGAACCCUUGCUGAUCGCCUGUAUAAGAAGAUGAGGAAUGGUGAUUCUUCAUUGCCUUGUUUGACAUGGGUGCAGCGCCUCAAGAUUUGCAUUGGCGCAGCACGUGGACUAGACUACCUUCACACGGGUACAGGCAUAGAUGACAGAGUCAUACACAGAGAUGUCAAGACUUCAAACAUUUUGUUGGAUGAGAAUUUGGCAGCUAAAAUUUCAGACUUUGGAUUGUCUAAAACAGGUCCUGCAAAUCAGACUUGUACGUAUGUAAGCACUCGGGUCAAAGGAACACGCGGUUAUCUGGAUCCAUACUAUAUGGCAACUCGUAGACUAACUAGGAAAUCUGAUGUCUAUUCGUUUGGUGUGGUGUUAUUUGAGGUCUUGUGUGGAAGACCAGCAGUGGAUUCGACUCUGGAGGGAGAGCAAAUUAGUCUAGCUGAAUGGGGACAACACUGCUUCAAAGAGGGAGUCUUGGAACAGAUAAUUGAUCCCAGCAUCAAAAUGGACCUUUCUUCUGAUUCCUUGAACACAUAUGUUGACGUGGCUAUCAAGUGUUUACAUAUUCAACCCAAGCUCCGUCCUACUAUGACUGAGGUUCUAGUUGCUCUCGAGUCAGCAUUGGCAUUGCAAGAAAAGAGUACAUACUAUACUCUAGUUGAGAUACAACCUAGUGAUUAUACUACUGAAAAAGAUGUAGAUUCUUUAACACUCAAUGUAAGAAAUACUUACUACAAGCAGGAGCAUAAACACACAGAAGAUUUAAUUGUGAAUACACCUGAUGAUUGGCAUCACAAUAAGAAAUAUUCUGCGAGGAUGACUUUUACAAAAAGGGUCAGUGUUCUUUUUUCCGUUACAGCUCGGGCAUUCUCAGGCAAUAGAGAUGCAAAGAAAUCAAGACUGAGGAACAGUCUACUCUCAGCUAAUAUUGUUAAAUCACAGGCAGCCAAGACUCAGACCUUCAUACCAGUAUACACAUCGGUGCCAAUAAAACCUUGGAUACCGGAAGAAGUUCUACAGUCUUCAGCAUUAAAGAAUUUCAAAUUCAAUGAUCUUAAUUUAGCUACCAGGAUGUUCCAUCCAGAGAGUAUUAUAGGUCAAGGUGGUUUUGGUCAUGUUUACAAGGGUUGGAUUGAUCAAAACACAUUUGCUGCUGCAAAAUGGGGUACUGGUCUGGUUAUUGCAGUAAAGAGGUUAAGUCCAGAAGCAGCACAAGGUCACCAUGAGUGGUUGGUAAAUAUUUCCUUUCUCGUUUCUCUCGGAAAACUUUGUCAUCCCAAUAUUAUAAAAAUGAUAGGUUACUGCGCAGAAGAGGAACAUCGACUUCUAGUAUAUGAGUUCAUAUCUCAGGGCAGCUUGGAUAAGCAACUAUGGAGCAAGGAUUCAUACUUGCAACCGCUAUCUUGGAAUCUUCGUAUAAAUAUUGCUCUGGGUGCAGCAAAGGGGCUUGCAUAUCUUCACAGUCCAGAAACAAGUGUGAUACAUCGUGAUUUCAAAGCAUCUAACAUAUUAAUUGAUUCCGAAUACAAUGCAAAGCUCUCUGAUUUUGGGUUGGCAAAAAUCAAUGGAGAAAAUGAAGACACCCACAUAUCCACACUUAUUGUGGGAACAUAUGGUUAUCUGGCUCCAGAGUAUUGUACUACAGGUCAUCUUUCAACGAAAUGUGAUGUCUACGGCUUUGGAGUUGUUCUCCUUGAAAUGUUGACAGGACGAAGAGCAUAUGACCAAAGGCGUCCAGAAAAUGAAUAUCACCUUGUUGAUUGGGCUAAGCCUUACCUUACCAGCAAGCGGAAGAGUUUGCAUGUCAUGGAUCCGCACAUCAAAGGCCAAUAUAUUGUCAAAGCAGCAUCAAGUGCUAUUUCCCUCGCACUUGAAUGCGUCUCAAGUGACCCUAAAUUAAGACCUGAUGCGAACUAUGUGGUAAAAGCAUUAGAACAGCUUCAGGAUUUGAAAAACUAGAGAAAAUGUCAGCAGUGAAGCCUUACAGGUGAUCGAGAUGCAUCACAAUACUUGCUCCUAUUUGAUUUGUGACAACAAAAUCAAACAGGAGCAGGCCAGUAGCUUAUGAAUGUCACUAACUUUGGCGCCAAAACCGGUGAUUAUGUAGUUGAAAAUCGUAGAUUUAUGAAUAUUUAUCUUGCAAGUUUAUUGAUCUGCACCAAAUUACCAGGUUUAAUUUGUUAGAAUAUAAUGAUUCCCAAUAAAAAAUAUUUUCCUAAAAUCUUAGAAAAAUUGAUCAUUUAAUAUGAUAUCAGUUCAAACUUGCGGGAGACUCGAGCUCGACAUGAAUAAUCCAUUGAUUCAUUCUCUAAAUAGUCUAAUAUACUCAUUUCCUCGCACACUUGCCUCUAUUUCAGCAACGUAAUUUCUCCAUCCAACU